AUGGAUUAUAACCAAUUAGACAAUAAUAGUAAUACAUCAUCCACCACUGGUGCUGCCAAUCUUUUAUCUCAUUCAAAUUCAAUGAAUACAUCAAAUUCAACCAUGCCGGAAUCCCAAUCUAUUAAUCGGUCUGACAGCAUUUCUUCAACCACUUCAAAUUCAACCACUAAAAGUGGUAAAAAGAAUAUCCCACUUGAAUUAACAGCUUAUGGUACAACUCCUCUGGGUAAACCAAGAUUAUUCGUAUGUCAAGUCUGUACAAGAGCAUUCGCAAGAUUGGAACAUUUAAGAAGACAUGAAAGAUCCCAUACCAAAGAGAAACCUUUUAGUUGUGGAGUUUGUCAACGUAAAUUUUCAAGACGAGAUUUAUUAUUAAGACAUGCUCAAAAAUUACAUGCUGGUUGUUCUGAUGCUAUAACUAGAUUAAGAAGAAAAUCUAUCAAAAGAUCAAGCAGUAUGUCGAACUCAGGUUCGAAUGAUAUGAUGUUGGAUGAUGAUGACGAAGAUGAUGAAGAUGAUGAAGAAGAUGACGAUCAUACUUUAAUUGAUAAUUCUCAUAACAUUAAUAAUAAUAACAAUAAUAAUAAUAACAAUUCUAAUCAAUCAUCAAAAAAUAAUGAUAAUGUCGAGUUUAAUCUCAAUCUUUUCAAUCAUGAAUCAAAUAUCGGUAUACCCUCAACAUCUUCAACUGCAGGAAAUACAGUUAAUAAUACUCCAAAAUCAAAAUCAAAAUCAUCAAAAUCAACCUCUAAAGUUUCUAAAUCAACUCCAAAGAAUACUUCAACUUCUUCAUCAUCUAAUUCAACUAGAAAAUCAUCCAUUGUAUCUACCAAUAAUUUACAACGUCAAGUUAUAGAUAAUAAUCGUAAAAAAAUCAUGGGUAGAAAUAGAAGAGGAGCAUCAUUUUCAGCUCAAUCAGGUGCAAAUUAUGCUAUGAGUAUAUCAGAAUUUAGUGAAAUGUAUCCAAAUUCAGAUAAUGUUGAAUUUUCAACUCCGCAAUUAAUGCCAUCAACUAUGAAUGAUGAAAUGAGUUGGUUAAAUAAUUUAUCCACCAUUCCUGGAUUAUCAGAUAAUGCCAAUACUCCAAUGAUGAGACAAAAUUCAAUUUCGUUAAAUCAUGAAAAUCAUGGUACUCCUCCUAUAAAUGUAUCUCAUCAUGGAUCAUUCUCAUUGGCUUCUUCGACUAAUACUGGUAUGAUUCAAGGUAAUAGCAAUAGCAAUAGUCAUCUUCAUCAUUCAAUUUCUCGAAAAUCUUCAAAUUCCAUGAGUCAAUCAGAAAGUUUGAAUAGCAUUAAUGGAUUUGAUAAUUUGAGUUAUAUGAUGCCAACAGCAACCAUUACUAAUCAGGAAUUACAAAAUGGUGUAGCUGCUGCUCAAGCUGCUCAAGCUGCCAAAUCAACCACAUCUUCAUCCAAUAAUAACAAUAAUAAUACUAAUAAUACUAAUCCAUCUAAUGUCAAUAAUAAUCAACUUCAUGAAGAUCCACCAAAUGAUUUCGGAUACUCGUUUUAUGAUAUUCCAGAAACUGUUUUAUCAGCUAAAAUGUUUGAUAAUUUCAAUGCCGAUUUAGAAACUCAACAUCAUCAUAAUCAUCAACAACAUACUCAACAACAAUUAUCAGGCUUGGGUCCUCAUCAACAACAACAACAAAUGCACCAUAUGUUCAAGUCUUUAAGUCCCAUCAAACAAGAAUUAGAUGAUGAAAUAAUGGAAGGCGAUGAUCAUGAUGCAACUUUCCAACAUCCUUUAAAAUCUCAUAAAACCGCUGUUGCCACUCCAUCAACUAAUUUUAAUGUCCAUAAUAAUAACAAUAAUAAUAAUAAUUCUAAUACUGCCAAUGCGAACUUUGAUCUCAAUUUCUUAAAUGAUAUUGAUGAAUUGACUCAUGAAUUCGACGUUAAUGCUAAAUUCAUGCCUAAUGGUUAUUCAUUCUAUGGUGAUAAUCCUUCAGCUUCUUCAUCCGGUAUUGAAACCAAUUCUCCUCAAAUUCAAAGUCCUUCUUUACAUUAUGGUCCUGGUAGUACUGCUUCUGCAACUGCAAAUUCGGAUAUGCUUAUAGAUAUGAAUACAUUAGAUCAUGCUCAAUUAUUGAAUAUUGAAACUACAUUGGAUAGUUCGAGUUUUGCUCAACCUCAACCACCUCAACCUAUUCAAUUACAACUGCAACAACAACAACCAGGUCGCCAUUAUAGUAUUCCUCAAUUACAACAGCAACAACAACAAGCAUCAUUCAAUCAAUUCAGUAAUAGUCAAUUUGUUCAAACUAUGGUACCACCAGCUCAAUCUAAUUGGAAAGCAAAAUAUAAACUAAGUAAUUUUUCAAAGAAUAAGUUAUUCACGAAUAAUUUAAGACAUAUGAUUAAUAAAUCCUUAUCUAAAUAUCCAAUUAGUGGAAUUAUGACUCCAACUAUUCCAACUAAUGAAAAGUUGGAGUUUUAUUUAUCUACUUUUGUUAAGACAUUUUUAACUCAUUUCCCAUUUAUUCAUACUUCUAAAUUGAAUGAAUAUGAAGUUAUGAAUAUGACUGCUAAUGAAGAUAUUAAUAAUGAAAGUUCCAGAGUUUGUUUACCAUUAUUGAUUGCCACUAUUGGUGCAUUAUUUUCCAAUAAUAAAAACGAUAGUGAACAUCUUUAUGAAGCUUCCAGAAGAACCAUUCAUAUUUAUCUUGAAAGUAGAAAAAAUUCAGUUGGAAGUGAUAAUGAAAGUAGUGGAAGUAAGAAGGAAAAGGAUUCAAAUUCGACCAUUAAUCCAUUGUGGUUAAUUCAAUCUUUAACUUUAUCAGUGAUUUAUGGUUUGUUUUCUGAUAAUGAAAAUAAUGUUUAUAUUGUUAUUCGUCAAUUGAAUGCUUUAAAUUCAUUAGUUAAGACUUCAAUCAAGAGUAAUAGAGUUAUUUUAUUUUCUAUUAAUGGUGAAGAUGAAGAAAUCUUUAAUCAAUUAAAUUCAACUAUUCAUGCUACAACUCCAACUAAUAGUAGUAAAACUGGUAGUAAUAACAAAAAUGGUGGUGGAGGAUCAUUAUUCCCAAAUAAUUUCAAUGAUGAAUUGAAAUUCAAGAAUAAUAUUAAUAUUCAAUCUCAAAUCAGAAUUGUGUUUAUGAUUUAUCGAUUAACCAAUUUCUUAUUGAUGAUGUAUAAUGUUCCAUUAACUUUAAGUAUUAAUGAUUUAAAUAAUUUAUUAAUUCCAAAUCAAGUCAAUGAAACAUUAUGGGGAUUUAAAAAUUAUCAAGAAUUUCAAGAAUUCGAUCAUAAGAAUAAUAACAAUAAUUUUUCCACUACUACCAUUGAUGGAUUUUUAAGUACUGGUGAUAAGAUCAUUUACAAGGAUUUAUUAUUGAAUUUAACUAAAAAGGGAGGUUUAACUAAAUCAUCUACUGUUAAACAAUUGAAUCAAUUAAGUAAAUAUGGUUUCAUUUGUAUAAGUCAUGGAUUAUUUGAAAUUAGACAAUAUCAAGAAAUGAAAAAUAUUGAUAUUUCUUCAAUUUUAGAUUAUUUAACUAAAUUCAUUCCAACUACCAAUACUACCAAAUUGCAAUCUCAAGAUUUUGAAAAGUUAGAUUAUGCCCUUUUAGUUAAUUUCAUUAAAAUUAGUUCAUUAAUUGAUUUUAAAUUAGUUAAAGAACAAAGUUGGUUAAGAAAUUUCGAUGAAUUAACUAAGAAUUUUAAUAAGUUUUUAAUUGAUAAUAAUCCUCAAAAUGCUAAUGCUAAUAUUAAUGAUAAUGAUUAUUUAAAGAUCAUUGAUUGUUGUUUAAUGAUUAUUAAAUUAGUGUUGUUCAAGUCUGAAGAUGUUACUGAAGAGGCUACAAAUGGUGGAAUGUUUAAUACUGAUUUUGGAUUCUUAAAUAGUAAUGGAAGUCUUGAUGCCAAUCAACCAUUCCCUCAACAUCUGCCUCAACAAAUACAACGUUCUCAUUCGUCCCCUGAUAAUAAUCCUGAAUUCAAUAGUUUAUUGAUUGAAGAUAAAUCCAACAUUGUUAGUGAAAAAGAGAAUAGUUUAGUUAAUUUCGAAAAAUUCAUUCAUUUAAGAAUUUAUGAAGAGUUUGAUAAUAGUACCAAUUCCAUCUUAUCACAAAUGUUAUUCCAUGUGUUUACUAUCUUAGCAGUAUUUUCCAUUUACAUUAUAAGAAAGAAUGCUAAUAAUGAUGCUGUUAAUAAUAGUAAUGAUAAUUCACCAGAUUUAUUAUUUGAAUUGAAUCAUCGUUUUAGUAUGACAUUAAAAUUAUUGGAUAAAGUUGAAAAUUUCUUAAAAUUGAAGUAUAAUAUGGCUGAUCUUAAUAGUGUGUCCAGUAAUGCUCCUUUCAAUCCUAAUAAUAUCAAAUUAGAAAAUGAUUUUACUAAUUUAUACUUAUUCCAAGGUACAGGCGGUAGCCAUAACAAUGGAGAAGCCUCUACAUUAUCUUCUUCAGAUGGAUCUAAUAAUCAAAAUUUAGAACAAACAUUGAAUAUUUUAAAGGUUGGAGAAACAGUGAUGAAUUAUUUAUAUGAUUCCAACAUUAAAGUAUCAAUCUUUAAGAAAUUGAGUGGAAGUUUAGCUCAAAUCAGAAAGUUUUUAAUCGAUAAUGAAUCAAGAAUACUUUCCUAG